GCGCAAGAGCAGAGGUAAAAUAAAAUGCACAUCUGCAUGGGUUUCUCUCUUGUGUUUUUUCUUGCUGUUGAAAAGAGAAGAGAAUUUACUCCUCCUGGAUCAACCUUCAUCUUUUUCUAGGGUGAAGAAACUGCUUUAGCUGAUCGAGAAACACUUUGCUGGUUGACAAAGGAUGCUGUCCUUCCAGCUGGUUUGGAUCCUUGCCGUAACAGCUGCUUUACUGGUAAAAGCUCAUGGGCAGAUAAAUUAUCCAGGUCCCCAAGGAUCUAAUGGGGGAAUUGGACCUCUUGGCCCUGAAGUACCACCAGGCAUCCCAGGCAUCCCAGGACCACCUGGUCCACCAGGACCCCCAGGACCACCUGGACCAAGCGGCUUUCCUGGAGCAAGGGGUGACAGCGGUCUUCCUGGUAUACCAGGACCCCAAGGACCACCUGGACCAAGCGGACCUCCUGGCUUUCCAGGACCAAGGGGUAUGAGCGGUCCUCCUGGUCUACCAGGUCUCCCUGCCAGUCAAGAUGACAUCAAAGAACUCCAACGUAGAAUCGGCCAAAUGGAAAGAGCUUUGACCUUGGAAGAAAAGAUGGCAAAUGCUGGGGAUAAGCUGUUUGCCUCUACUGGAGAGGAAUAUGACUUUGAGAAAGCAGACUUGACUUGCAAAAAAGCCCAGGGCGCCAUUGCUGCACCAAGAAACCUGAAAGAGAACAACGCUAUUCAGGAGAUUGUGCAAUUUUAUAACAAUUCUGCAUAUCUAGGUAUUAUUGAAAGUGAUGUUCCAGGGAAAUUCCAUUUCCAGAAUGGGGAUCCAUUGGAUUUUACCAACUGGUUCAAGGAUGAACCUUCCGAUCCAGGAACUAAAAAAUGUGUGGAAAUGAACAAAAAUGGAGCCUGGUAUAGCAAAAGGUGCCACAAUUACCGCCUUGUGGUCUGUGAGUUUUAAAACCCAACCACUAGGCAAACCAAGGCAACCAUUGAAUGUUCCUUAAAACAUAACUUGAUGUAAUUUUUCUGUCAAAUAAUAAUAAUAAUAAAAAUCCUAGCAUUUUC